AUGGAACCACGAUCGCUGCUGACACCUUCUCCUCGUUCUUCCACUCCCGGUAGUCCGAUGCUUGCAGGAAUGUCGCAAGAACAGCCGCCGAAGCUCAAGGGACGACAGCGUCUGCUUCAAGGCCUUCAACGCAUGUCGUCGUCACCUUCAUUGGCGAAAAUGGGCAGGACCAGGUCAAGUGAGAAGGUCUACAAGCCUAACCACAAAGCUUCAAUAUCUUGCGUUUCUUUAGGUUCCUCGCCUCAAGGCAGCUCGAUCUCACCACCUAUUCAAGUGUCAACGUCUGCAUAUGCCACACCUCCAGGUACACCUGGUACGCCCACUAGCGUCUCCUCUUACGUCGAUAGUCACUCCAGAUUCCGACCCUUUGACCUUGGCUCGGCUGCGAGCAGUGCUGAACAUCUGCAGCUGAGACCAGCAAGAACUCCCCUUCACGAGAUAUCCGAGAAACCCCUACCUAAAAGAGAGAACUUCAACUUCUGGGGAGACCUACCCCAAGAGGUUAGGAUCCAGAUCUUGAGCUAUCUGCCUCCGAAAGAGAUUGUUAGGUUGUCUGCUGUCUCGAGAUCAUGGCAAGAGAUGUGCUUCGAUGGUCAGUUAUGGACAGUACUGGACUGCCAAACAUACUAUCAGAAAAUCACCUCCGAGGCAUUGAUGAAGAUCAUGCUCAGAGCUGGGGCGUUUGUAAAGAACCUGAACCUGAGAGGAUGCGUUCAGCUGAGAGAUCAGUGGUUGAGUUUAGGUACCCGGAUGACCAACCAAGAAUGUCGAAAUCUCGAAACGUUUAGCAUCGAAGGCUGCAAGAUCGAAAGAUCGAGUAUACACUUCUUCCUGCUCAGGAAUCCAAAACUACUUCACUUGAACAUGCCCAGCAUGCAGCAGGUGAGCAAUGCUACGUUGAAGAUCAUUGCAGCACAUUGUCGCAACAUCGAAUAUCUGAACAUCAAUUGGUGUACCAAUUGCGAUAACAGAGGCCUUCUCAAGGUCGUUCAGAGCUGUCCUAAUCUCACCGACCUUCGAGUGAGUGAGGUAAGAGGUCUUGACGACACGGAACUUGCGCUGGAAAUGUUCAGGCGAAACAACCUUGAACGCUUAAUAAUGGCAGGAUGUGAUAGUCUCACGGACGAAGUGCUGGAGAUUAUGGUGCAAGGUGUAGAUCCACAGGUUGAUGUCCUUACAGAUCGCGUUACGGUCCCGCCGAGACGAUGGCGCCACUUGGACGUUUCAGAAUGUCGACAACUGACCGAUCGGGGCGUGAGAGCAUUGGCUCACAAUGUACCGUUCCUGGAGGGAUUGAAGCUCUGUAAAGUCUCAAGCCUAACAGAUGAUGCUUUGCUUGACGUUAUGUCGAGCGUGAACAGGCUGACACAUCUCGAACUUGAAGAGCUCGAGCAUUUGACGAACGAGGUACUCAUUCGACUCGCUAAGUCACCAGCUGCAAAGACACUCGAGCAUUUGAGCAUAUCAUACUGUGAUCAAAUGGGUGACGUGGGGGUGCUUCCGAUCUUGAAGUCCUGUCCUGAGCUCAAGAGUUUGUGCCUGGACAACACACGAAUCUCGGACCUUGCACUCAUGGAAGCAAGCGAACAGGUGCGCAAACGAGGCAACCUCCUCAAGCGAGGGGCUCGCCCUAAAAAGGGUCUGGAACUCAUUGCCUUUGACUGUGCAAAUGUCACCUGGGCAGGAGUUCGGGAGAUCAUGCAAGGAAAUUGCCGAGUACUGCAGGGCAGGAAGAAGAGCGUUGUGAGGGAAUCUCUCAUGACACACCUUCCGCCGACAGACAGCGAAACGGAGUCAAUCACAAAUGCUGCAUCGGCCUCAGCAUCCCAGGAGAUCAAACGUGUCAUUGAGAUACAAACCCUACUCUUCCCUGCCCAGAUCAUUCAUCUCAAGGCCUUCCACAUCUGGCAGGCGACUUUCGAUGCACACUAUCAACGCUGCAUGACCGCGCGAUGGGUGGCAGCGAGCAGGCUUGAGAAUAAAUGGGCGGAGUGGAUGGUGGCUACCGAAGAGGUUGGAAAUAUCAGCCAUGGCUGGGGAGCAAGACGUAGAAGAAGGCGACAGAGGGAAGCUGAGAAUCGAGUUCGAGAGGAUACAGCGGGCCUUGUACACGACACUGAAGGUGUUGGCACAGGCACCGAGACUGAGGACAUGAGUGGUCUUGAGAAUGGCUCAAGGCGGCCUAACCGAAGAAGAGCUAGAAGUGGUGGGUGUGCUGUGAUGUAA